CCUCGGAUCUCAAACCUAUUAGUAAUCCAGUCUCUCCCUGAGACCCAGGCUUCUGAGGGAAACAGAUUUCCAGGGAGUCCUGCUGCCGGUGGGUACCCAUGGCUUCAUGUUACAGGAGGCCUGGCCCAGAGAGUGGCUACUGAAGCCACACAGCAGGUGCCAACACCCCGGCCUUUGGGCCAGGGCCCCGUCUGGAAAGGCGGGUUGAGUUUCUGUGUGGCUGUAGCAGUCACCAGGUCUACAGGCCUGAGUAAGGAGAGGCCCAAGACUAUGACCUGCGGUCUACUCCGUUUUUAAUAAUUAUUUUAUUCCUUGGUGUGCAUGGGACUUAGAGAAGUGAGAAUGUCUAAUCUCUGCCAUUAAGCACCUCCCAGCUUGAGUUGGGCAGACAAGACGAUUAUAUGGAAUGUUGCCUGAGCACCAGCACGUGCAGGCUUCAGCCCAGUAACUAGGGAUUCAAGGAUGAAAAAGGCAUGAUCCUUGCCCUGAAGAACCCUCACCUCGUUGGGAGACUGCCACAUCAGUGACAAGCCACACAUAGAGUGACCGGAGACCUGGUAGGGGGAACAGUGCUUGGAGCACAGCCGGCAGGUGUCCACCUCAGUGGAUUCAAGAACCACUCCCCUCCAUCAAGUGGGUCAGCACAGAGCCAAGAUGAGUACAUCUCCCCUGGGGAGCCACAGGCUAGAGGGUUGAUGACACUUUUUCCUUUUGGUUCUUGGUUUACUACUAAAACUAGACCCCAGCUCAAACUCCAGCCUGGCUGAGACUCUGAUCCUCUGCCCUUGUUCUUCCUAUGAGAGUGGCCGCCUUAUUUCUGCAUGCUUCCCUCGGCCCCUAUGGCCUUCCAUCAUCCUCAGUUCUGGCUCCCACCUGAUGGUGAGAGCAGCCUCCUCCCAGAAGCUACCUCCAGUAGAGCCUUCAGAGAGUGAUGCUGGCCUGAAUCCAAAUCGGGUGCAUCUGAACACUUUCAUUUAGAAGAAACCAGACUCUCAAACUCUUGUCAAGAUGGGAAACCAGAACAGUCAUUUUUUGUGUUGCCUCUCUGCAUGGGAGAAUGGACAAAAAGUACCCCCUUUGACCUAAAGAGAACUGGAAGGAUUUAGACCUCAAAACACAUGUCAUUUGGAACAUUAUCGUGUAGAGCACCACAUUUGGGGGUGAGACAGCCUGUCAGGAUAUGGACAUCCUGGUGGACUCAGUAACCAACACAGGCCAUGAGAAGUCUUCUCAAGGAUAAUUUGAGGACUCAGAACACAGUCUGAGAGGAAAGUGCUCUUUCUUCAUCUGAUGGAGCUUUCUUUUGCGAGCAAUUAAAAAGCCUGAAGUUUGUCAAAGCUUCAUCCUGGAAUUCCACUAGUUAGCACUGACAGAAGAGGCAGAUCAAGGAAGCUAAGAAGUAAUUUUAAAAAAGAAGCAGAUGAGGGUUCUUAAUAGAUGAGACAUGAGCCAUGCUGGCGAUGCUCCUGCAAGCACAGCUGAUGCCUGUUCGGGUUGGUGGUGACACUGGAAUACAUUUAUGACCGGGAUGUUGCACUGUGCACCAGAAACUGACACAUUGUAGCUAAUUCAAUUAAGGAAAAAAAGUAACCAAAAAAAACUGGAAUGCUUUCUCUGGGAUUAGGGACAGAGAAUAUCACACUUUUUAGACAGUUGAGGCAAGAUCCCAGUUGAUGGUUACCUGGGGCUUUGGCCUUCAGUGGAUGAAUCAGCUUCAGUUAACUGCCACGCGGAAGACUAGAGCUGGGUAAGGGAACAGGGACUGGGGUCAGGGAGGCCUCUCGGAGAAGAACCCUGGGAGCAGAGUUCUGGAUGUGUGGGGAGCCAGCACCAGGGACACCUGCUCCAGGGGCCUGUUUCUGGGAGCAGCCAGAUGCUGAGACAGGAAGACUGGAAAUGGGUGGUGAACCUGAAGAUGGCUAGAUUGGGGAGGAGGGUGCUGAGUGAUGGGCCAGGGCCAGGAGGUGCAGGGGCAGCAGCGUGUGGGGCUUCUAAGUGUGGAAGAGCCACUGGGGACUUGGGCAGGGACAUGGUAGGGCUGCUGCAUGGAGGAUGGCAGCGAAGGUGGGAUAGUGGGCGCCCCGAGUUCCUCCAGCUCAGAGUCUGGGCUCCGGGUGAUGGACGGUACCUUCCAUGAGGGCCUGUAGCCUCAAAAGCCCAUUGUCUGGUCCCAAAUACAGGAAGUGGAGAACGAGCGAGUAAAGAACACGGAAAACUCCAGCUUAGGGAUCACACAGCAGGCGCUGGUCCAUGGAACGCGCCAGAGCCUACUGGACGCAGGUGCGAAGACACUGCCCCCUGUCAGAGGAAGAAGAAUUCUUUGGUUAACAGCAGAGUAAACGAUGAUGCCAUUUCCUGAGACAAGGAAACCUGGGAAGAGUGGUGCAGCGGGGGUUCAGGGAAAUCCAGUGCUCGAGUCCACUCUGAGGUUCAUUCGAUGUCCAGGUGGGGUACACGAGCAGGGAAGGGAAGGGGCGAGUUCCCGCACCUCCUUUCCCCUUCCUCUGCCCAUCCAUCCAUCUGUCUUUCCCUCUGGCUCAGUGCUUAGAGAGCUCAUGGCUGUGUUCUGCACGGACAUUCUUUUUUUUUUUCUUUCCUGAACACUUGUUUAAUCUAACACUCAUGGUCUUGUUCCUCUCCAGCCUCAGUAUUGGUUACAUUCUUCUGUCUGGUGCAGAUUUUCUGUUUCAGGGCUGCAGUUGCAAGGUCGGAAAAAUGAAGAGUUGUGUCUAAGGCAAGACCUUUCUGAAGAAGCAGAGUUACAAAGAAGUUCAUAAGGCUGGAGCAUUUUGCUGCCGGCCAUCCUCCUUGGCCCUGGCUGCCUUCUAGUUGUCCUUCCUCUCUCCUGGGAACAAGAAGGAUGGAAAGGCCCACAGGCAAAAAAGAGAAGACACAGACCCCACAGGAAGAAGCAGGCGUGCAGAAGGCCACUCCCAAAGAAGGGAGAAUGUCUGGGAAAAAAAGGCCAAACCAGAGAUCCACUUUGGCUAAAAAGCACAGUAAAGAGCCCAGCCUGAGUCCUGAUGAUGAGGAACAGUUUGAGGCCUUCGAUGCUUCGUUUAAAGAUGACUUGGAGGGGGUUCCCCUGUCUCCCUUCCAGAGGAAGAAGCCCCACGAAUGCAGCGAGUGUGGGCGCAUCUUUAAGCACAAGACCGACCACGUUCGCCACCAGAGAGUCCACACCGGAGAGAAGCCCUUCCAGUGCACUCAGUGUGGGAAGACGUUCAGACACAGCUCCGACGUGACCAAACACCAGAGAAUUCACACAGGAGAAAAGCCCUUCAAGUUCGGUGAAUGCGGCAAAGCCUUUAACUGCCGUUCAAAUCUCCUAAAACAUCAGAAGACCCACACUGGCGAGAAACCAUACGAGUGUAAGGAGUGUGGGAAGACCUUUGCCUACAGCUCAUGUCUCAUUCGCCACCGGAAACGCCGUCCUUGGAGGAAGCACUGAGCAUGGGGAAGCUGUCAGCCAGGCUGGAGCUCUGUGCCCGCGAGAACCUCCCUGGCUGGCCUGCCUGGGGUCCUCCCCCUUCCGGCGAGGGGGUCCCACUUUCUCCAGGAAAAGCCCUCAGCUAGGCAAGCGAGCUCCCAAGUGUGGCCAGAGACCCCUCUGCUCCAGAGAAUCUCUGGGUCGAGACGCCACGAUAACCAGGAAGCUCCUUGCAGCGGUGGGACCAGGGA